AACUUCCCAACGACGGCUUCUCCCCUGUCUGAAUAGGCGCAAUUUUGAUUGUUUGGCCUGCAUUGCAGAAACGGCAGUUCGCCAAGCGGGUGCACUGCCUGGUGUCCCUGCACUCAGCAUAAAAUCCCUAGGCUGGCACUUCAUGUCCCCGCUCUAUGGCAACCCUUCUCACCAGUUUCUUCCUCACCUGGAAAAGCGUUUAUGCUGCGCCAGCCUCUCCCUACUCCCCGCUUAAUGCCACCGGAUCCUCGUUCAACAUUUCAGAGACCUGCGUUGAUAUUCGCAACUGCCGGACGCAAUUCGAGCUGGUCUCUAGUUGCCUCCUGACUGUAUUUGCGUGUGUGUGGACUGCGGUUCACCCCCAUCUGCCCAGUCAAACAAUAACCCUUUUUUGGCACCUUAAUGGUAUUGUCUCUCUUAUCUCCGGAAUUUGUUGUUUUUACAGCAUGGGUGGAAUUCUGCGAUGCUUGGAGACUGUCGAAAAAAUGCGGAAUGAUUGAAGGGUGGACACUUACCCAUUCUUGUUUUACAAUUAUGGGCGGCUUUGCCGACGGAGGGGAUGCAAUCACUGAUCCGUCCGACUUUGGUGAUUACCCAGGAAUAGUCAAGCCGGUUGGCCACGGCACUGGUCGACAAGUCGCGGUGACGAAACAAGAAAUCCUUGACAAAAGUAAAGGGGAUUUCUUCACCAAGUCCAUUGUCAUCCUUCAGUUACUAUGGUUCACCUGUCAGUAUGUUGAACGGUGGGCGGGCCAUCUGCCCAAAUCACAACUUGAAGUGAUGACUGUGGCCUACGCUGUCCUAACCAUCCUAGUUUGUGCCUUGUGGUGGCAUAAACCCCUUAACGUUCACUUCCCAAUCCAAGUAACGAGACAAUCUCAUCAUCAUCCCCUGACUCCCGAAGCCGAUCAAACACGUCCGGCCCACCUUGCAGCGAAGAUCAUGGAAAUAGACCCCCAUUGGAUAUUUUUGGUCACUGGCACGAUCUUCGGAGGAAUUCACUGUCUUGCCUGGUCAUUCUCGUUUCCGACAACGGGGGAGAACCGUGCAUGGUGGACUUUCGCAGUAAAUAUAGCAGCAGGUCCCGCCAUCUUGUGUGUUUCCAUGACGAUGGCUAAGACGAAUAAUAUUCCCUCUUCUGCUUCCAACCGCCCACACGCGCUUGGGAUGCUCAGCGCAUUGAGUCACCGUCUGUUCUGACACACGUCGUGGUAUCUGAUUUCUCGGGUUGGUCUCCUUAUC